AAGGAAAACAACUCAACCUCCUUGUUUCCACAAACACCACUCUGUUUCCAACUCCCCCUCCUCCUCCUCCUCCGCCGCCGCCGGCCGGCCACCAUGCACUUCAACAUCUCCGACAUCGGCAAGUCCGUCGCCAACCUCAGCAAGUCCGUUGUCGACACCGCCACCUCUGCCACCAGGAACGCCUCCGACGCCGUCUCGCACCUCGUCGACGGCAGGAAGCAGCUCGCGGAGGAGAGGAAUGACCUCCGGUCCCUCCUCGAAUCAUCCGGCGACGCCUUUCCCGGCUCCGACUUCCGACCCUCCGACCGCAAGAUGUGGAUGUCGGAGCUCGGUCCCGACCGCCUCCGCAUCAACCAAAUCGUUUGGCCGGGAACCCACGACUCCGCCACCAACGGGAUUGGCGUCCCCCUCGUCACCCGCCCCUUCGCCGAGUGCCAAACCCUUUCUAUCUACGACCAGCUCGCCGCCGGCGCCCGCGCCCUCGACGUCCGCGUCGAACAGAGCCGCCACGUGGCACACGGAAUUAUAAAAUCCUACUCCGUCGACGUCAUCCUCGACGACUUGAAGAAGUUCCUGGCGGAGACCGAGGCGGAGGUGGUGCUCCUUGAGAUCCGAACCGAGUUCGGCCACGAGGACCCGCCGGAAUUCGAGAACUACCUGGUGGAUCAGCUCGGCGACGUGCUGAUCCCCCACGACGAGGCGGUGUUCGGGAAGACAAUCGCCGAGGUGCUCCCCGGCCGGGUAAUCUGCGUGUGGAAGCCGCGGAAGUCGCCGGCGCCGGCGGCGGGGAGCAAGCUGUGGGGCGCAGGGUACCUGAGGGACAACUGGAUCGACUCCUUCCAGCCGAAGACCAAGUUCGACAGCAACAUGAAGCACCUGUCGGAGCAGCCGCCGGUGACGGAGAGGCGGUACUUUUACCGGGUAGAGAACACGGUGACCCCGAACGCAGAGAACCCGGUGGUGAAGAUGGUGGACGACGAGAUCAUGCCGUACGCAAGGCUGUUCGUGUCGCAGGCGUUCGCCGGCGGCGUGGCCAACCGGCUGCAGGUGUACUCCACCGACUUCAUCGACGGCGACUUCGUUGACCUGUGUGCCGGCGUCACGCACGCGCGGCUGGAAGGGCAAGCCUAAUUGGAUUGAGCCACAAAUAAAUAUUGUCAUUAAUUAGUAGUUAAUUAAAUUAUUUAAUCUUAUUGCCAUGUUUUAUUUAAUUUGGGUUUGCUUAGCAAAAUUAUGGCUUAAUUAUUAGCAGGAAGUGAUUGUGAACACAGUGGGGAUAAGAUGUACCUUAUCAUCGAAAUAAAGAGUUUUUUUUUAAAAAAAAAUAA